CGUUACGUUUGAACUGAGCGCGGCGCGGAAGCGGCUCUGCUGAAAGACGAGAAAAACAACGACAUCAGACAAAAAUGGCGAAAUAAUUUGACCGAACGGCGUUUGUACGAAAACCCCAGGCAUCACCAACAAAAGCGCAGAUCUUGGCCACGAUGCCCAUUCGGGCUUACUGUACCAUCUGCUCGGACUUCUUUGACCACUCAAAGGAUGUGGCUGCAAUUCACUGUGGCCACACGUUCCACUAUGUGUGUCUUCUUCAGUGGUUCCAGACCGCUCCCACUAAAACCUGCCCGCAGUGCAGGAAACAGGUCAGCACGAGGCACAUCAUCAACAAGCUGUUCUUCGAUAUCGCACCGGAGGAAGGAUCUGCAGCGGAUCCAGAAAUCUUACAGAAUGAACUGGACAGAAUGAAAGCAGCUUUUUGUGAAAAGGAGAGGGGCUGGCGAGAGAAGCAGAAAGCAGCUGAGAGUCUGAAGGAGACAAUCGAGAAACAGAGAGCUGAUCUGGAGAGAGUGAGGAGGGAGAUAGGAGAGAAAGAGAUGCUCUGCACUGCCCUUCGCAAGCAGAUGCAGUAUCUGGAGAGCCAGCAGAGGGAGAGUGAAGCGGCUAAAGACGAAGCCAAACGACUCAAAGUCAAAAUGAAAACCUACGAGAGUCUGAAUGUGGUGCUGCAGGGCCAGCGGGCGGAGGUGGAGGCCAUGAUUUCAGAUAUGGGUGUUGGUCAAUCUGCCGUAGAACAGCUCUCCAUCUAUUGCGUCUCUCUGAAGAAAGAAUAUGACAAUCUGAAAAACAGCCUCCGGUCGUCCAAUGAAAUGUGUGAGAAGCUGAAAAGGGAAGUGUUCUCCUCUAAUAAUAAGUUGCAGAAAGCCACAUUCGAGAUGAACAGAACAAAGGAGGACAUGAAGGCUCUUCAGAACGAUCUCGCCAAUGCAGACAAAGAGAUCACGAGCCUGAAGAAGAAAGUGGAGAUUCUGCAGAAGACACUAAGCACGCCCACCCGCACCAACGAGGCCAUCAGCCGACUGGUGUUUGAGAGUCCUGCUCCUGUAGAGCUGAAGCCCCCCCGCCUGCACCAGCCUACCGACAGCCAGGACAUCGACCUCAACAUGACCUUUGACAUCAGCACACCUGAGCAGGUGGAGAAAAAGCCCGUUUCUGUCCCCUCCAAGAAGAUGCGCCUGGAUCCGGCAGCGUCUUCAUCCAGACAGAGUGAAAACGUAUUGGAGAAUAAGAACUGUAAUAGAAAAGAGGAGGAAGUUUCCAUGGAGCCCUUUUUCCGCAACUCUCUAAUCUUCAGGAAGAAGAUGUUUGGCAGCAUGCUGGACCCCCACAGCAAACCUGGAUCUGUAAGGACCGGCUAUGAUGGCUUCGGAGGACGGACCAAAUUCAUCCAGCCUUCUCCGCUGGCUGAGAUCAGACCCCUCGUCAUGAAGGCCAAGCGGAAGAAGGUGUCCAGGCCAGCUCCGAGCAAGCUGGCCCCUAGCCUGGCCACGCUGGACAGUUUUUUGGAGUGACUGCUCCACCCUCAGACUGUUCUGUGUCCUUCUUAACACCGGCUGGUCAAACUGGUGGAAACUUUAACCAGAAUCGUGUUUGAGCUGCGUGUUGGUUAGAGCUGCACGAUAUGUAUGGGUAUUGUGAUUAUAUUGCAGUUAUCAACACGUCGGAGAGUCGUCAAUGUGGCAUUAUUUUGACCCACAUACGUGACUUUUGUUGGAUUGCAUGAACACCUCGAUUCCCUCAGCCACUGGGGGUGAUUGCGAGGGCUCAUUUGCAUAUUUCAGCUUGCUGUGAUACCUGAUGGCAGUUAAGGAACGACAGCUUGUGCAGACCCACUGCAUGUUCAGCAUGAAUUGGGUUCCUUUUUCUGGAACAGCUUCCUCUGAAGGACCAGACGGCCGAGAACCACAACAGUUUUCCUGCGAAUGUGGAAGCAAGCUGCUAUUAGGGUUUAUGGUGGUUAAAGGAAUUUUCCAGCAUUUUCAACCAGAUCUUUAUCUGCCGCCUCUGCUGUACGUGGUCGUUUACCAAAGACAGCAGUUUUUAGCCAUUCUUGUUCUUUUUUGACGAUUCGCUUCUCUGAUGUUUCAUUUUUGCCCCAGUGUGUUAAGUUCAGGAAGUAAACAGUGAUUGCCGUGGAAGUCCGGAGAGGCCAUGAGGUAGUUAUCAUUUUCUGGAUUGUUAUCUUGAGGUAACAAGAUAACUUUAUUCUGAGAUGACAAUAUAAUUAUCUUCAGAUCACAAGAUAAUUAACUCGAACUGGAAAUUGCAAGAUGCUUAACUCCUUAAUGAGUUAGCUAUCUUGUGCUCUCUAGAGAACAGGUUAUCUUGAGAUAACUAAUUAUGUUGUGAUCUCAGAAUAAAGUUCUCUUCAGAUCACACGAUAAUUAACUCGAACUGGAAAUCGCAAGAUGCUUAACUCCUUAAUGAGAGAGCUUGUGAUCUCAAAGUAAAGGGGUUUUCUUGAGAUCACAAGAUGGUUAACUUAUUAUCUUGAGAUCACAAGAUAGAGGACGUGUCCACUUUUUUUUUUUAAUCUUAGAAAAUCAAAACGUGAUUUCACCAGGGGUCCCAAAGCUUCAGCGUGAAGCCGUGUUGAGUGUGUUUACAGGUUUUCUGCUCAGUGAUUUGAGGGGACUUGUCCGGCUGUGUGCUGCAGGUGAGGCAGGCAGGGAUUCGGCUGAGCAAUGCUGGAGUCCUUUUCAUUAGUUUUAAUAUUUUUGUUUGUGUUUUAGUCGCUUAACAGCCACUCUGCACCUUUUAUUGAGCUUCCGUUGAUGUCGUUAUGACUACGCCUUGCCAAGGGCACUUAAACAUUUAACCGCUGAGUUUCCUCAGAUUACUACAUUUCCGUGAAAUCGUGUUGGAGAUCCACCUCGAUGUCUGAACGUAUGAAUUCUUUAUUUUUAAAAGGGUAAACAGACGGCCUAUUUAUUUUUCUGGGGUUUUUUUGGAUAAAAGUGCAGAAUGUGGUUGUUUUGUGUGUAUUUUGCUUUCUGUGUGUAUUUUUGUUGUAUAGUUAGCACCGUUACUGAUUUAUAGUUUGUCUGAGAUGUAAUAAACUGUACUUUCCUUA